AUGAGUUUGAACGUCCCAGGGUGUGUGGGUGAUGGCACCACGCUGUCCGCCUGCAUACUUGCAGCAUUAGAGGAGCGCGGGGAUGACGAGGUGAUGUUCGCACUUCUCCGGCACCGCCACUUCGGCUCCUCCAAGGCGGCGCGACUAGAAGGCAGUAGUGGUGCCGUCGAUGGCAGCGUGACGGGCAUCACUGCAGAGCGCGUGACCAAACGAGCAUGGUGCGCGUUCGCGGAGCUGCUAAAGCGGCGGAUCAUCACCUUGCACGAUCGGCGUUCAGUACCACUUGCGGGGGGAGUACACGGCACGCCGGGCGAUGAACGUGGUGCGGAGGUCGAGUGUGAUGUUGGCGUUUACAGUCAAGAGACCUUCUACGCAUGCCUGGUGGAAAGCGUCUGCUUGUGCAUGGGCUGGACGUUUUGCCUGUUUCGCCCAGAUGAUCCACCCUUGCGACUGCAGCGGCUGGAACGACGUCGAAGGCCGCGCUGCAAGCUGCGCUCAGAAGAUGUCUCGUCGUUGCUGCACGAGGCGCUCUCGACGGAAGAGAACAGCGCUAGCAACAGAAAACUCCACAUGGUGGAGGUGAGCACCAGGACACCGACGCGGCUGCCGGUGGUACAUAUAGACGAUAGCCGCGUCGCCUACUACAUGUACACCUCCGGCUCAACAGGGGACCCAAAGUGUGUGGUAGCCUCGCGGGGCAAUCUGCGAGUAUACCUGCAGCGCUUCAUUCUCGAUAAGGAUGGCCUCGCUGUGGGCGAUGCACACUGCCGGUUCUUUUGCCUCUCCUCCCCGUUCUUUGAUCCGUCUAUCGGUGACAUGCUCGUGGGGCUCUGCACGCCUCACAGCGUCUUCUACACAUGCACUCAGGAGGACCUCCUCAACGGCCAGGCUGCGCCGCUGCUGGCCUGCGUGCAACCGACUCACGUGGUGAGCACUCCAGCGGUUUGGUCUUCUCUCACCACCGCUGGCCAUCUGCUGUCGGUGCUCCCUUCCUCGACUGCUCCAAUAAAGGUGUUUCUCGGCGGCGAACGCAUGUCUCAGGCGCUGAUCAGCACCUGGGCUGACAGGGCAGAACUCUACAACAUCUACGGCGUGACUGAGGCCACCAUAUACCAGUCGGUGUGGCGCAUUUUUCCAGGGACAAGGGCAGAGGACGUGAAGUGCGGUCCCGGCGUGGGCACAAGGAUUCGUGUUCAAAGGCUGGAUGCUGCAUCCGACGUGCUUCCCAGCGACAGCGACGCUUUUGCAUUGGAAAAAGGCUUGUACCAGGAGCUUGGUGAGUCUGCAGGCGAUGACUACGGGGAAGUUGUCCUUUACGGAGAUCAAGUGUGCUGCGGAUACGCGGAGGAUAGCACGUCGUCACCGUUCGGUCGCGACGCCGCCACUGGCGAGCGCUUCUUUCGUACAGGGGAUAUCGGGCGACUUGUUUCGACAGGUGAGGGAGGUCCGCCGGAUCUAGAGCUGCGUGGUCGUCGGGACUGGGAGAUGAAGUUAAACGGUCAACGCGUGGCUUUGGAGGAGGUGGAGGGCACCGUUCAGGUGGCACUAGCUGGUCUUUUUUCUCAGUGUGCCUGCUUUCGCGUGCAAUCCGCGUCAGGCACACCGGCCAUUGGUGCGGCGGUUGUGCUGACGGACGUUGUCAACGGGGGACUCUUGAGAGAUCACAGGGUGGGCGUGGCUGCCGCACUGCAGGAACUGCUUGGGCUGCACUUGCCCUCCUUCAUGGUGCCGCGUCGCUGGCUCCUGUUCGCCAAGGGGGCUUCCUUGCCGCAGACGCCGACAGGGAAGGUGAGCCGCACUCAGCUUGCCGUCGACGCUGUCCAAGAGCAACAAGAAGAGUUUGAUGCUCAGCCCAAUAAAACACAUGACAACUGCAGCAGAGAGGAGGAUGAGCUCUACAGAGUAGUACAGUCGGUGUGGCAAAGGAUGCUGGGUGUGCCGGUCCGCUGUGACACUCACUACCUUCACGCUGGGGGUGACUCGCUUGGUGCUCUAAAGCUCAGCCGCGCCGUGUAUCUCGGGCUCCAUGCCGGCUCCGAUGUCGGGAUCGACGAGCAUGGUAGGCUGCCCCCUCCUUUCCAGCCCUGUGUGUUGCUCCAGCACCCCCGCUUCGGCGACUAUGUCCAGGCUCUGCGCGAAGCGUGGACACAAGAUCCUCUUAAUGGUGAGUCUAAGCCGAAGCACGGCGAGACAGUGACGGCGUUGCCACUCCUUUUGCAGCCUCCGCAAGUUCUCAGUUCUGCAGAGGCAGCUGCUGAUUUCUUUUUCCGUGAAGUGGUUGCCGCGCAGUGCGCCGGGAUUGCUGACCGCCUUCUUCGCCAUGGCCUCGCCGACGUCAACGGACACAACAGUCGAGAACACCGCUGUACCACUCCCCUGCAUGUGGCUGUUGCGAGUUGCUGCUCGCUGGAGCAGGAACUGGCGACAUUGCGUGUGGUGGAGGUGCUGUUGCAGCAUGGCGCCAGGCUUACCGCGGUGACGCCAGAUGGCGUGACUGCUGCUCAUUUGGCGGCAAGCAGGUCCGCCGCUAUUCUUCGGCGUCUGCUAGAGCACGAUCGGGUUGUGGUUCACUGCCGUGACGCCCGUCAGCAGUCACUGUUGCACUUCGCGGCACGUAGUGGCAACGCUGAGACGACUCGUCUUCUUCACCACUACGGUCUGAAGGUAGACACAAGAGACAAGUGGCAGCGGACCCCGGCGCACUGGGCUGUUUUGAAUGGGCACACCGCGGUGCUGGAGGAGAUGGCGUUGCACUGUACCUCUUCGGUAACCACCAUCGCCGCCGCAGCGACCGCCAAGGCUCCAGAGCCGCACGGCGUGGGCGCGAAGCGGAGGCGCUGCUCAGGCAAUGAGACGACCCGUUUUAUGCGACUGGCGCGCAAAAAGACGUACCUGGAGUACGAGACUCUUCACGAGAUAGCGAGGCGCCUGCACCCGACGGGCGAUCGUAUUAAGCGACUGUGCGAUAUUCUGGCACCCUCAGUGGGCGAAGCUUCUGUGGCAGAAUAG